UACAAGGUCGUUCCAAGUUCCAUGAAUGGUUCCAUCGAAUGGCAUGCCAACGAAACGGCGAUGCUUGUGACUGAACCCAUGACCUACUCAGAGAGAGAGAGAGAGAGAGAGAGAGAUGUGGUGUCUAAACACCGCCAUUGCUCGCUUCGAUUUCCAGAACAGCUCAACUAUUUCUGAAAUUACACCCUCUAACAUUAUACUGACCUUAUUGACAAAAAGAAGAUUCCCGCCUUCAUAAGGGUCAUUCCAAAAUCUAUUUUAAAUCGAAAUGAUGCACUUCAUUAUUCAGAUGGGAAGAUCGAAAUGGAAGAAGAAGAUACAGCAAGAAAAAUCGACAGUAAGACAAACUGAAGAGUCGACAAAUACAAAAGUGCCAAUACAUAAUUUGCCAGAAAAGUUUCUCUGGAUGCAUGUGAAGAGCGGUACAAAGAUCAGGAACGUUCUUGGCUACGCGAUGAAGGAAUUUCCCAGUUACAACAGUAUUAUCUGGACGGGAACUGGAAAUGGCAUCGCGAAAACAAUUUCUUGUGCAGAAAUCUUUAAGAGAAAAUACGAGAACCUUCAUCAAGUAACAAAGCUAUGUUACGUCAGCUCGGAAAAGUCGAAAGAGGAUACUGUUAAGGCUCAUCGGAUACCGGAAGUGCAUAUUUUACUGACUAAGGAUAUUAAAGACACAACUGAACUUGGAUAUCAAGCACCUGGAGAUAGUGGAAGAUUUCUGAGAAAUGAAAAUGCAACGGAAUCAAAAACGACUAUUACAACAGAAAGCACUGAUGACAUGAAAAUGGACAUUACAGCGGAAAGCACUGGUGAUGUGAACAGAGACAUUAGAACAAAAAAUACUGAUGAUGUAAAAAUCGACACAACAGAAAGCACUAGUGAUGUAAAAACGGGUAUAAUAGAAGGUACAAUAGAAAAUACUGGUGAUGUAUCGUGCAUCGACGAGCAAUCUAGAAUAAUGAAAAAAAAUAAGAAAAGAAAAAAAAACAAAGCGAUAGAAAACGCGGAACUACCGUCGAAGAAAAAAAAACAUCGUAACUAAUAUAAUUGAAUAGAAAGUAUUUUUAAUUUUGUUCGCUAU